AUGUUGGGUGAGACAGGAGACAGCGAUCCGCCGCAGGCGGCCGAGCAGGCGUCGCAGCAGAACAGUGAAGGCGCAGAGGGAAAGAAGACAGCUACCGGUACCACCACUACUUCACCGGGCCAUGAGGGCGCGCCGCCCAAGUUUGUCGCGCCGAGCUCGUAUUUGAGGCCGUUGUCGAGGGAGACGCAGCCGGAGACACACACGCAGAUGCAGAUGCCGAUGAGAGGGGCGCAAGUGAUGGGUAGUCGGCCGGGGACGAGGCAGGGAGGGUUGACGGGGUUUGAUCGGGAGCAGAGGGAGGGGUUGCGAGCAAUCCGGGCUUUUCUCAAAGUGCGCACCAGCUACGACGUCCUUCCGCUCAGCUACCGCUUGAUCAUCUUCGACACCUCGCUACUCGUCAAGAAGAGUCUCAACAUACUCCUACAAUGUGGCAUCGUGUCCGCUCCACUCUGGGACUCCAAGACCUCCACCUUCGCCGGCCUGCUCACAGUCUCCGACUACAUCAAUCUCAUCCAAUACUACUGGCAGAACCCGGACGCGCUGGGUCAAAUCGACCAAUUCAAACUCAACAGCCUCCGCGAGAUCGAGCGCGCUAUUGGCGUCAACACCAUCGAAACCGUCUCCAUCCACCCCUUACGACCCCUCUACGAAGCAUGCACACGCAUGUUACAAGCCCGCGCGCGCCGUAUACCGCUCGUUGACGUGGACGACGAAACGCAAAGGGAGAUGGUGGUGAGCCUGGUAACACAAUACCGCAUCUUGAAGUUCGUAUCGGUCAACGUGAAAGAGACGCAGAUGCUGAAGAAGCCCUUGCGGGACCUGCCCAUUGGGACGUACACCGACCUGGCGACGGCGCGCAUGGAGACGCCGGUCAUGGAUGUGAUACACCAGCUCGUGAAGCGCAACAUCUCCUGCGUGCCGAUCCUGGACAAGGACGGGACGUUGCUGAACGUGUUCGAGGCCGUGGACGUCAUUGUUCUCAUUAAGGGUGGGGACUACGAGAAGCUGAACCUGAGCGCUGGCAAGGCGCUGGAGUUGCGAUCGGACGACUUCCCCGGCAUCUACACCUGCACCGUCAACGACCGCCUCGACACCAUCUUCGACACGAUCCGCAAGUCGCGCGUGCACCGCCUCGUCAUCAUCGACGAGGCCAAGCAGCUCAAGGGCGUGCUGUCGCUAAGCGAUAUCCUCGAGUACACGCUCAACAGUCCGCUGGGCGAUGAAGGCGAGCAAUAG